UUUCAGACAUUUCUCUACAGAAGCAGUCUUUCAACCAAUUUAUCCUUCAGAGACCCCUGUCGGAGUGUUAGAUGUACCUAGUGGAUUAAAACAUUAUUUUCCUAUGCUACUCAUUCCCAAGUAUUAUGGAUGAUUUCCUGUUCUCCCCAUAGUCAUUUGUUUUCAAAUUGGAGACUUGUGCAAAGAUACAAAUCCUUUGCUUUAGUGAAUGAGGCAGCUGCAGACGAAAAUAAUCAAUAAUUGCUAUGUAAUGCAUGCCAUGCCAUGCCAUCCAGGUUUAUAUUAAGCUGUGCUGGCUACCACAUAGAGGAUGAACCUGGACCAGUUUCUUCCUGGGAGUCCUAGUCUACCCAGUCCUACCAUGGCCUUCAGUAGUCUCUUCCGGAAAGCAUCCAGUCUGCUGGGUUUGACCUCCCCGGACAGCCUCCACCCCCCUCCCCUGGACGGCGAGAUUAUAUACUGUAAGAACAACGUGUGUGUCCAUCCUCCAGCCUCCAUUGGGGCAGAUAAGAAACCGAUUCCAGGCUACCUGUCCAUACGCUGUCAGGGGGACGAGCACCUUGGCUCCACACUCAUAUUGACCUGGAUACCAAAUUCUACCCUGAAAAAAAAUCCAAGGAGUAUACAGAAUAGUCCAUCACGACCUGGUGCCAGUCCUCGUAUUAGUCCCCGGCGUGCCAAAAAACAAGAAUUCACAGCAUCAGCUUUGUCCUCACCCAGUAGUGAAGAAGCCAGUGGGAGUCAGGAAAGGAAAUCCUCAAGUUAUGGUGACAGAAACCAUGGUGACAAGGGUUGCCAUAACCACAAGGCAAAUGAUAAUAUCAGUCUUUGCUCAGACAUAUCUACAGGAGAGCAAAGCAGAGAUGCUCAAAAGCCCAAGCUCAGCACUAGUCUCAAAUCUCAAGCUGAUUCUGGUAUUGGAUCUGAUGAUAUUAUCAGCCAUGUUCAAGGUUCUAAACAAACACAGUCAUCUGCUUCCAAAUUUUCCGAAGGUGCAGAGGAAGAUGUGAGUUUCUCUUCAGAGAGUGCUAGUGACAGUCUAUCUGCUGGUGCAAAACUAAAAGAGCUGAUCAAUAAAGAUGUCCCCUCAAAGCCAAAAGCUUCCCAAGCAAGUUCCUCAGAUUCCCAUGAGAAUGUCAAAGAACGCACUAGCUCUACAGUAUCCAUAGAAAUGGACGGUGAUAAACUGGUUGUUGUUACAGAAGAAGUUGAAGACAAUGUGAUAAUUGAAAGCAGUUCAACAAGCCAUGAUUUAGAAAAAGCAGAGACUGGCCAGAACACAGAUGUUGAUACCCAGAGUUUGAGUUCAGACUCCACUAAUCCCAGUCCCAGUGGGGAGCAUUAUCAAUCAAUGAUAAAUGAAAUAGCAUCCAAGAACCUUGAACCCCCUAAUGAAUCUGCACUGGAAACUGUUGAAGAAUCCACAGCUGAAGAAAAUGGCCAGAAGGAAGAGGAAAUGGACAGAAAAGCAAAAAUGAAAUCAGACAUGGUGCUAGAUUUACAGACAGUGGAGUCAGAGUAUCAGCCCCCUGAUAUCAAUAUUACUACCAUUCCUCGAUCCUCUUCCUCCUCCUCUUCCACCACUACCUCCGGCCCUGAUUCUAGACCUCCCACACCCUACGACUCGGACAUAGAUUCCUCACAUAGCACACCUUCAGCAGACAUGAAAUACCCACCUGUCAUGGAGGGCAACCCUGAAUCUUUUGCAGUCUCAUAUAAUUUAACGUUUCCUGAGAAUUCUGUCACCUAUACCAAGGCAGACAGCACCAAGAGUCCAGUGGCAGCUAAGAGUAUCAGAGACCAGAUGUGUGGGGUAUUCUCUGUAGAUUUAGGUCAGAUGCGGUCUUUACGUCUGUUUUACAAUGAGGACACGUGCACCAGUGGUCAGUUUGUGAUAGCCAGUAGAGAGAGCCAGUACAAGAUCCUCCACUUCCAUCAUGGAGGUCUGGACAAACUGGCUGAAGUUCUGGAAGACUGGAAUCUUUUCAGAGAGAAGAAGGACAAGGGUAAGAAGGAUGUCUAUGGUCAGAUCAAGCAGUUCUCUGUGAUGAGACCAGAGCUGGACACUGAGGAGUGUCACCCAGAGGAGGGCGUAUACGGAGUGCUGAAUGAAGACACCUGGAAACAACACAUGGCAGAGGCGGGUCAGAUUGUGGAUGACUACCAGCUCAGGAAGGUAAUAUUCUUUGGAGGUCUUGACCCAGCAUUGCGCCAUGAAGCCUGGCCAUUCCUGCUGCAGUUUUAUCCUUUUGAUUCCACUUUCGAUGAGCGGGAACACAUCAGAAAUGACAAGUACAUAGAAUACCAGGGAAUCAGGAAGAAAAGAGAGUCUAUGACCCCGGCUGAGCAGGAGCAGUUCUGGCGAGGCGUUCAGUGUACUGUAGAGAAAGAUGUAGUGAGAACUGACCGCAGCAAUCCAUACUUCAUGGGAGAAGAUAAUCCCAACAUUGAUGUCUUGAAAUCUAUCCUCCUGAACUAUGCUGUCCAGCACCCUAAGAUGGGCUACACCCAGGGAAUGUCUGACCUGCUAGCCCCAGUGUUGGCUGAGGUCCAGCAUGAGGCAGACGCCUACUGGUGCUUUGAGGGACUGAUGCAGAAGACAAUAUUUGUCAGCUCGCCAAAGGAUGUCGACAUGGAUAAACAGCUGGAGUACCUCCGUGAACUGCUAAGAUUAAUGCAGCCCAAAUUUUACCACCACCUGAGGACAGUCCAGGAUGGCAUGGAACUACUGUUUUGCCACAG